AGUCCAAAAAACGCGGGUACCCCGACGAGAUCUUUGCGCCGUACAACGUAACUCGUUGCGCUGAUUCCGAAUAUGUAAAAAUCUCGAGACUCGCUUCUCUAGAAAAAAACCAUCAAAUUUUGAUAUGAUACCCACUAAUACAUAAUUUGGUGAGUUGCUAUGCAUGUAAUUUUCCCAAUUAUCUUCUGCUGUUAUAAACUAGAUUGACCAAAUUUUGGCGAAAAAUCUAAAAUUUUCAAAAGAAAGGAAAUUAAUGAUUAUCGACGCAUCCGUUGUACAAUCAUUUGUAUUCGGAGUAGGGAAAAUCCUGUUUCAAUGAGAACUACUAUUAAUACGAAAUAAUUUUUUUUUAAAGUGUCACAAGACUUGCUCGUUAAAUUUGCAUUAGUAUUUGGAAAAGACUGUAAUAUAGUUUGUACUAUUUCUUUAGUACUAUUUCUAAAGACUGUUUAACUUUCUGUUCUAUAGCCGUUGCCAAGUGUCGAGUCACAAGCCACAGAUAUGACCAUUCAAAGUGCAACAGUUACACAAGAACAGGGAAAAAAGCGUCGAAGAUCUGCUGGUGAUAAGUUCCUGGUGGUAGUUUUAUUGUUUAUAUUCCACGGCAGCUGCUCGGGCACAUGUGGAAAAUUCACUGGCGAUGAUUUGGUAAAAGUUCAGUUUUCAUUGGUCCUAUCUGUUGGUGGACGGCGUUUUAUUAUAAAAUUAUCAAAUCCGACAGUAGUUAACAUAGGUUCCCAGGUCAACUGUCAUGCCACAUUGGCGGAGCGAUCGCACUGUCGCUAUAGCGAUCGCUAUGAACUCCCAUCAGUCACGGCGUGA